AUGCCCUCCGGAUCUCUCAGGUCAUCAAGACUCAAAGUACCACGCAAGGUCAAAUCGAUCCCUGGCCUCCCCACCACUUCUUCUGAUGGCCAUCUCAACUUAUGCUUGCAACCAGGGGUGAAGAGGCUGAACCAGAUUGCAGAGGAAAGUGCAGAAGGAAUAAGGAAGUGCCAAACAAUGCUGCAGAAUAUGCCUGUUGAUGUUCGACAGGUUAUGAACUGCGUUGCACUGGCAUCCGGUGCUCAAGCGGACACAGAUUUCUCCUUGCCUUCAUACCAAGCGUUCUCUGUGGAUUGGGUUGACGACAAAGACUUUUACCCUGUCAUCUCGCAUGAAGGAGGCGAGUACAUCAAUUCCAUUUACCACGCCUACAAAUCUCUUCAAAAUCCACUCACUGGUGCAAAAUAUCCCCUCGCUAUUGUUGACCACAUUCUUGAUAAUUACGGUUCUGAUGUAGGCAUUAGAUAUGACAUUGGUUGUGCACAUGAAGCCACCCUUGUGGUCAACGCAUUUCAUGGAUAUGGCCACAACCGCCUUUGCCAGCUUUCCAAACAUCCGCUUUACCUCACCGGAUAUGGCCUUGAAGACCUUGAAACUCUUGAACGAGUUUUUUCAGCUUCAAAUUCUGUUGCCCGAGGUAUCCGUCAUGCUACCCGCUAUCAUUGGCUGCAGAGUAUAGACCUUCAUUUCCAGCAGUGGGAUGAUGACCAAUAUCAGAAUAUUAGUAAAUUCCUGUACAAUAACUAUCAACAAGCACUUACCAUCAUCAAGGACUGCACUCCGCAUGUGUCCGCAAUGAUCACCAAGCUGGGCAUAAGAAAAGACUCUAUCAAGGACUGGAUCAAGGCAGAACACAAUCUACUAGCAAACCUGAAGGAUGAACCUGAAGAACGGGUGCUGGGUAGUGCAUAUGUCCGUGCAUUUAUUCAACGAAAUAAAGUGGACAUAAAAUGGCAAACAGUUUCUGAAUCAUUCAGGGCUGUUGCCAUUGACACUAUGCAGGAGCUUGUUGUUGCUAUACGGGCUGUCGGCAAUAUUGAGGAGAAAAUGGGUAUUGUCAAUCCGUGGACUACAGAAACACCAGAAUAUCAACAGACCCUUCAAUAUAUGCACCAACAGGAUGUCUACCGAGCACUGGACAAGCUGCAACAGUUAGUCAUACAACAUCUAUUUGAACUCUCUAAAGCAAAUAUCGCUGGAACUGGUUAUAAACUUUGA